UUAAACUCUCCCUCCUAUGGAUAGUCGGCACGCUUCUAUUAUACUGUGCUUCUGUUCUGAGUAUUUAGUACAGAGACGAACCACAUCUACUUUCGACGAUACGAUUUUAUCGAUAGUGUCAAUAAAUGUAUAUAGUCACGUAGUUCUCAAAUUGAUAAUGGAUGUACUGGCGGUGGUGUACGGGCGAUUUCGACGUAACAGGAAAAAAAUCCGCAUGGGCUCUCUUAGGUUUUUCUCUGACGGUUAUAUGGAUGCGUUCAUUUUGUUCACAUAGAGGCGCCAGUAGAUAAGUUCCAUUUAAAAACGACAUGUCACAUCCAUUGACGUCACUUCCAUUGACCCUAGUAGCUGCUCGUAGCGCGUAACAACCCCAACGGUGAACGGGCUAUUACAUUUACCGGUUUUCAGCAUGAAGAUAGCUAUUCAUCCAUUGACAGCUGAUCCUACGGCAGCCUGGCAUGAGUUAUCUGAGCAUCAGAAAGUUGUAAAAAUAAAUGCUAAAUUGCCGACGACCGAAGCACCGAGCGACAAAUUGCGCGUGGUAUGUAUGAGCGAUACACACUCGCUCACACCGUUCAUAAAGUUUGACGUACCCGCGGGAGACGUCUUCAUUCACGCCGGGGAUUUUACGAAAUGUGGUAGCUUGCAAGAGGUCAUAGAAUUCAAUAAUUGGAUAGGUAAUUUAACACACAAACACAAAAUAGUUAUAGCUGGGAAUCAUGAACUUAGUUUUGAUCCUACAUUUACACAUCCAUUUUCCGUGCACACCAGUGGAGAUCAUCAAAAACAUACAGGAACCAGCAUACUUGAUGAUAUACCUACCUUGGGUAUGUCCAAGGAUACUCUCGCGGAAGCUAUUAAAACUACUAAUGUUAAAGAUUAUUUGACAAAUUGCAUAUAUCUUGAAGAUUCUGAGAUUAUAGUGAAUGGGAUUAAGAUAUAUGGUACUCCAUGGCAACCAGAGUUUUGUAAGUGGGCAUUUAAUGUGCCACGUGGAGAAGCGUGCCUCUCAAAGUGGGAAAUGAUUCCAUCUGACACAGAUAUCCUGGUAACACAUACUCCUCCUGUAGGUCACGGAGACCUGUGCUGUACUGGAGUACGAGCUGGAUGCGUCGAAUUAUUGUCGACAGUGCAAAAUCGCGUAAAGCCCAAAUACCAUGUAUUUGGUCAUAUACACGAAGGAUACGGCAUAUCUUCAGAUGGCAAAAUAAUAUAUAUUAAUGCAUCAACAUGUGAUAUAAAUUAUUUGCCAAAUAAUCCACCGAUAGUAUUUGAUAUAACACUACCUUCUGGUAUAAACAAAUCAUAAAUCUUCAAACGAGAUAACAUAAAUGAAUUUGUCAUGCUACUUCAGAAAGAUAUUUCUCACGAGCUUAAGAAAAACCAUUACAUGAGUGACGUAUAAAAUUAGAUAGUAACCUCUUGCCUUAAUUUUUAAAUCAGGUAUGUGUAAACAUUUCUAUUGUAUAAGUAUUAACUAGCAUUUCUUUUUCACACGCGAUUUGUAAUGUCUCGAUAAUAAUAAAAAAUAUAAUCCAAUUUGUAAUCUCUUUCCUAAAUAAAA